AGCUGUUUCAGUUGCGAAUAAUUUGGGUGUGUCGCCAAAAUUGAAUUUUUGUGGUGGUUGGACUGUUUUUGUGAAUAAUUUGUUUGAUUCCUGCACCUUAUUCAUCUUUGGUGCAAUUAUCCAGAGGAGAACUCACAUUGUGUUGCAAGGCCGACUUUGAAGUUAUCUUGUGCACCUUUUAAAUCCAAUUACCAUGCCUCCACUGCUUCUGCGAGUUAUCAGUGCAACACUGCUUUUGAUAAUCAUCUUGCAGCUGAUUUAUCCUAAUUUUGUUGCUGGCAUCCAGUGCUGGAAGUGCAACUCGCGGGAGGACCCAAGCUGCGGCGACCCAUUUGAGAACAACACCUACUACAAGGUGGAGUGCGACAAGGCUGACGAGAGGCGCCACCUGCCUGGGGUAAAGGCGACAAUGUGCCGCAAAAUCAGACAGAAAGUGAACGGCCAAUGGCGGGUUAUCCGUGAUUGUGCCCGCGUCGGCGAGCCAGGGAUCGGUGGAGACGAGCGGUUCUGUCUGCACAAGUGGGGCACCUUCGAUAUCUACACUGAGGUGUGUACCUGCGCCGCCAAAGAUGGCUGUAACGGCGCCGGAAAGCCAGCCAGUCCUCUGGCGGCCUCGGCAGCAGCGUUGGUAGUGCUGCUGACUGCUUUUGGAGCCGCUCGAUAGGUGGCAGGGCGAGCGGUGGGGUUUGGCGUAUAGAUGGCGCGGCGCUCGGAGAUGGAGAAAGUAUCUCGAGGCUCGUGGGGUUAUGCACGGGGCGACCCCCGUCGAGAAGAUCAUUGAAGAACGUAGUAGGUACGUUUUCUAUGAGAAUCUCACGAAGAAGGUAAUUCGUUGAUCAGCCGUAUACUGACUGUGCUGUGCUGUCUUCCGUCCGAAGGUCGAUGGAUUUGAAUGAUGAAACCUUUUUAACGUCUUUUCUCUAGAUUUGUGAUGAUGCCGUGUGUGCUAUUCCGUCCAUUUUACCAGAAUCUUCAAUCGUGUGUAAGGCGUAGAUCAUUUUUGCUUGCAAGUAGCGAUAGCGUAGUGCUGAUGCUACGUUUAUUUGCCCAUUCAUGUUCGAGGCAUCAACGCUAGUGUACGACGUAAGACAAUUUUAGAUUGUCGCGUAUUACAUUUUGGUUCACCAUACAUAAUCAUGAUUGUAUGAGCUGUCACAUGCGUAGGAUAAUGACUAGUUUGGCGACGACCCAUCUCAUUAACACUUGUCAUUUUACAUACAACGACGGAUAUCUCUUUCAACGACGCAUAUCUCUUUCAACGGUCAUAUUCGUUCAGCUCAAUUUAUUUUCCUCAACGAACGUCUCUGUACCAAACAUUCGCUAGAUUCGUUGGACUUGUUGGAUUCGCUGAUCCGAUGUUGAACUGCUUAUCGUUGUUCUUUGAACGCGUAGACGUGAGCAACUGUCAUGAAAUGUUGCUAUUAUUCUUCUUCUGGAUUUAGUGCAGAGUACCUACAACUGAUAAAAGAUGCUCUUGGAGUGUCUCUGAAAAAGUUGGUUAGUUAUAUAGCUAUGCUCGUAGUUGUAGAAUCUCCACUUCACAUUAACUUGCACCUAAAAGAGCUGUAGAAUGGCUUCCGUUACGUUUUUUUGCGAUGUUUUUGUUAAAACAACGUACUGCUAUACGCCGUAACACCGCUACGUGGUCAUAUAUAACCACAUCGAGUC